AUGGUGGGUGACGCUAACACUACCAUAAUAAAGGUUGACAAUAUUGAAGAUGAGCAACAAAAGGAAGCAAAGCCGACUACAAAGAAUCACAGUCGCAAAAACAUGGGCCGCAAUGCGAGACGGCGUCGUCAAAAGGUUCUAGCCAUUGAGGCAGCAGCUGCUCAAGCGGCCAUUGGAAAUACGCCGGCGUUGGAUUGUGAAUCUUCUAUAGAACCAGGCGCUGAUAUUGGAAAUCCUAGUUGUAUCCUUCCACAAGACAGAGGAUAUCAGUGGCCUGCCGUCAAGGAUCUCUGUCUUUUAUCUGAAAGCGACAAGCACCAGCUCAUUGCUCAACUGGGAUACCUUCCUGGAAAUGCAUUACAAGUGGUGGCUCGCGUAAAGGAUUACUUUCCGUCGUUAUGCAAUAUUGCAGAUGAACCAUUGGCCUUGAAACUCUAUCCUUUGGUCCUUCGAGAUGAAAGCGACAGUACCAGAUCGCAUCGAAAACGACGUCGACCCCAAACGCAAGAAGGAGAGGAUGUAACAACCAUUCGAGACAAAACGAAUAAUGACAUCAACGACAACGAAUCUCGAGAAAAGAAGAAGAAGAAGAAGAAGGAUCCUCCUCUUGUGGAACCAUUUCCGACCAUGUAUUGGGUCACGCAUCCCCGUUUUCGGGCACUAAUCUCCAAACUGGAAUUGAUAUCAACAGCAACAGCAGAAGAAGGUGGUGGUGGUAGCGGCGGAAGCAUCAAGCAGUUUCAAGACCGACUGCAAAAGGAAUCUGAAGCAUUAGCUUCCAUGAAACGAGCCCAUUUGCAAUAUGGUCAAGAGCGGUUUGACCUGAUUACCCAAGACGAUUGGAAAUUCAUUCAAAACAGGCAAUGGGAGGCUGCCUUUUCUCCCAGCAGAGGAGUGGCAGGGAUUCGGAAACCAUCAGGAAUCAAGUGCCUGCACUCGCAUGCGGCACAUUAUUGGAGUGGAUGCAGGGAUAAUGUGGUGGGUCAGUGGACGAGCGAUCAAGUGAAAACUCUGCUGGACGAGGCGGAUCAACCAUAA